ACUUCAUAGACGGCAGUGGAAUGUAUAAGCUACCAUUCAUGCCAGCUAGCACCGGUUUAAUUUGAACAUGAUACUGGUAAAAUGUAUUUACAAUUAUGUUUUCAUAGGGCGCUUAUUAAUGUCUCUUUUUCUCUAUUUUGUAGUAGCAUAAAUGUAAAUUUGUUGUGUUUCAACAGAAUAAUGCACCGAAAACAAAAACUAGAUAAUCGGGAGUGAGAAAAAAGAUGGACCACCAAAGCGAGAUAGAUAAAAGGAAGUACAGAAACUGGGUACGGGGUGGGCUGGCUUACAAAUAUCUGAAACAAGGCUUAGAAGGUUUUGCUGAUGAUGUAGUUAAAAAAGAGCACAAUAGAAUUCUAGCUGCUGUCAUUCACACGCCUGGCAACAACUGCAAUCACUGCUGUCUAAGAAAUUUGCAACCGUUGCAUACCUGUAAGAGAGAUCACACCGGAAAGAAAACGUGUCCAUAUGGACUGUUGUAUUGUAACUGUUUACAUGGUAAGAAACAACGAUGUCCUACUAACAUAUGUGAUGGCAUUAUGGAAGAAAUAUUGAAGAGUCAUGGAUCCUUACCUCCUCAACCCUACUGGCGAAAUACAGAUAUACAGAAAUGGUGUACAGAACCUUGGGAGGUCGCAAAAUGUUACAUUAAUGCUCCUGGAUAUUCAGACAAGACAAAGGCAGCUGAUAUAGACAUAUAUGGAUUACUCCAUGUCUUCAUUAAUAAUACCAGUCUUUAUUCUCAUUUAGCAUGCUCGAUGACGGGUAGUUCUAACAUCUUCACCAAGGUCCGUGGCAGAAGAAAUUCUAUCUUUCAUUCGCCAACAAUGGAAAUGGAAGACACAGAGCUAACGGAAUGUGUGGACGAUAUAAUUGCAAUUCUGGAAGACACCACAGAAUUAAAGAUGAGAAAAGAUGCCCAACAAGCGGUCACAAACCUCAAUAAGAUAUUAUGA